AUGUCCUCCCAACAACAACAUGAACCUCUCAACUCAACUCCCACCAUCAUCACACUCUACGCCAUUCGAACUGCAGCGAGUAUGAUUCCACACAUUUUACUUUGUGAGAUGAAACUCCAAUACGACAUUAAAUUUCUCAAUUCAUCCAACAAUGAACACAAAAGUGAAGAAUAUUUAAAGAUCAAUCCGAAUGGUGUCGUUCCGACUCUGAUCAUGAAAGAAGAAGGGGGUACCGAUGAGCUUGUUUUGUUUGAAACAAGUGCCAUCUGUUUGUACUUGACGGAUCGUUUUCCACAAUUUAAAUUAGCUCCACCAUUGAAUACUAAAGAAAGAGCUCUGUUUUAUCAAUAUCUUGCACUAUUGUCAACUGGCAUUCAACCGGAUAUGAUUUUAUUUUACUAUCCUCAUCGAUAUGUGAGUAGUGAAGAUCAGUAUGCGACUUUUAAAUUGGAGACAGAGAAGAGAAUUUAUGAAAAGUUCAAAAUAUUUGAUCGAGUCUUGUCGGAUGGAAGAAGUUACUUGUUGGGUGAUGAGUUUUAUUGUGUGGAUAUUUAUUUGUUUAUUUUGUCCCGUUGGUCAAGAAAUUUUGAAGCUUACAAGGCAAGAGAUUUACCUCAUUUGGGUCCAUAUUUGAAGAGAAUUUUCGAAAGAGAAUCUGUUCAACAAGUGUUCAAGAUUGAGGAAAUUCAAGAACCAUACUAUUAA